UAUUUUCGCAGGCCUAUACCGAUUAUACAUGGCACAGAUCCGACCCGGAGGCCCAAUUAGAGACCCAAAUUUCACAAAAUACAUCGCUUCUUCUUCCUCGGCUUUCAUCGGCCUUGUUCGUCGUCUUUUUCUUCUUCCGCUUGAGUGGCUUCGGGUACGUUGUUAAACCCUCAAAUUUCAUCGUUCAUCCUCUCCCACUUGUUUUCUCCUCUUUGGGUUUCUCUGUGAUUUCUGAUUAUCAUUUAUCUUGAUUUUUAAACUCUUAGGAGAUCGAAUUUAUGUUUUUUUUAACCUGAAAGAUCCAAUUUUUCGUUUCUGAUUAAGCCCGCCAAGUGUCUAAGAAGAAUCCAUAAUUGUUGAAUUGUAAAGAUUGUUUCCGAUUAUAGCACUGAGAGACUUUAUAGAAAGAGUGUGACUUUCAUGUAUGAAUGAUUUGGGAUUGUUUGGUUUCAUAUUGUUGAAGGCCCCUUGUUAUUGUUGAUUAACCUAAUGAUAUUGUUUUAUGUCAUGAGCGGUUCCAAAUAAUCUAUGUUUUGGAUUAGUUUUGCAAGAUGAUGUACAAAAUCUGUAAUUCACUUUGCAUUGGUUCAUUGGGUGAUAGAUUUAGCUGAAUGGUGGUUGGUGGCUACAUUUUAGAUUGUAUUUCUUUCUUGGUUAAUCUUUUUAUGUCCUUACUUGUUAGUUGGUUUCAGAGAUUCUAUAACUAUGCUAUGCCUGUCAUGAAGCGUACCUAAAUUUUCUUCUGAGUGGUCAACUUUGUAGGUCAGAUUUAAAAGGAAGUAAAAAUGAGAAGACAGGGAAACUUUGCGGACUCAUCACCUGCCAGUGCAUAUGGAGCUGGACAGAUACAGGAUCCCCAUUCUGAUUUUCAAGGUCAAUUAGAGGCAUUCACGCCUGAGAGGGAUCAGCCAUAUUCAGAUUCACAAGCUGAGGGUCAAUGGAGAUGGGAAAGAGAUGGCCCUAAUAUGUCAAGGCCAAUGGCUACUGCUGUUUACAAUGAAGGACAACAAGGUGUUGAUUCAUCGAGGACGUAUUACCGUGGCCAAAUAGAUCCAAAAUCAGGAAUGGAGAAGCAAGGCAGUGAUCCAAGAGCUCAACCACAACACCAAGAAAAUCCAAAAACCGGUUAUGAUAAUAACCGUGGGGUGCAGACAUUUGAAGGUCUUGAACAGAAGUUCAUGGAUGAUAUAACAAGACUAGCAAAAGAUCAAAUCGAAGCAGAGGAUGCAGAGAUCGCCAGACAUCGAGAGAAAAUAAACACUAUAAACGCUAGAUACGAAGAACAGUUAGCUACACUUAGAGCACGGCACACAGGUAAGAGAGAAGAGAUCAUGAGGAAAGAAUCACUAGCUAGGCAGCAACAAUUCAAGCAGCAAACCAUGGGGAUGAUGGACCAAUACCAUCCAAACGUGGUUGGUCAGGCCAAUCUAAUGCCAUCUGGUCAUCCCCAAGGCUACAUUGGCAGUGCUCAAGAUCCAGCGGCUGUGGCGGAUGCACCACCAAGAUCAUAUGGCUCAGAUCGGUUUGAAGCAUACGGAGAGAGAGCUAGGUUUCAGGGAGGAAACAGAGAUCACGGGUUCGAGCCUAGGGGUCCAUACCCUGGUGGGAAUGUCUAUGACACCAGCUCACGGUUCUACUGAUGUGAUAUUACUUGAACAUAUUGUGUUUUAGGGGAUUCACUCACUCCCACUUUUUUUGUGGCUUUAUAGAUCAAAAUCAAGCUUUUCAGACUAUCCGGAAUUUGAAAAUGAAAUCAGGGUUCCAUUUUUUAAUCCUGACGAGAGCAUUUUAGAAUUCAUUGUUGAACCGUUUAAAGAAAUUGCUGUACUUAGGUCCUUUCCAAAUAAAAAUUAGGAUUCGAGAUUAUGCAGGAUUACUA